CUACACCAUUUUCAAGUCAGGCUUAAAGUGUGUGGAGGACUUAUAACAUUCUUUCGCAGGAGAUAUUUUUUGCAGACUUUAAAAGUUUACCAACGCCUCUUGAAUUUUAUACCAGAACAAUUUGAUAGUACAGUGAUAUACUGUACUAUGGUUUUUUGUAAAAAUGGUAGACUAUGGAAGUUCGAAUAUUUAUGUAAAGAAAUUUUGCUUCGAAUUAUUAACCAAACACACCAACUGGACAAAGUUAUAUCUCAACUCAUUUCUUCAUGUGAAACCUUGACAUUGGAAAACGUAUCAGAGUCAAUGCAAUGUUUGCAGAUUAUCAUUUGCGUAUUAAAACAUUCCGACUUAGAAACAUUAAAGCCUGAUACAGUUGUAAAAUUUUUACACAUGUUUCGGUGCAGUAUUGAUCCUAGCGUCAAAGAUGAUUACAACUAUUCACAGUUAAAAAACGGUCUACUGGCAUGUUUAUAUUAUUUGGGACCGGUAAUCUCAAAAGAAUCUAGAAGAGUUGUGUUACAAACAUUUAUAAAUUAUAUAAGAGAAGAUCCAGACGAAAAAGUUGUAAUAGCUUUAACGGAUAUGGCCCUUAGAUGUCAAUUAAUUGACUCAUCUUGGCAUAUUCUGUUCGAUUACUGUAACGCUCUGCAUGGUUUAAUAGAAAUUAAUUGGUUGGAGGGAGGUAUUACCAGAGCUCGACUUUUAACAAAACUAGGUAUCGUUGCUGCAGAUAUGUAUGGGAAUAGGAAAUUAUUUGAAACUCCCAGAAUGUUUCUAGAAGGAAAGAAGUACAAUAUAAAACUUGGGAAAAAAGAAAGCCAAAAAUUGCAUGGCGCUUUUAUGUUGCAAUUACCAGAGUUUGUAUUAAAUAUUUUAAAAAAAUUCAAAGAUUGCAGAGAGGUUUUGGAACGCAUAUACUGUAUCUUAUGCUGUCUUCUCUGUUCAUAUAAAACGGGUCUUACAGCUGCUACAAUUACUUGUCUAGCCAUUGCAUGUCAGAACUACGCAUUAGAAGAAAGCAAACAAAUGUCUUUCGAUCAUUCCUGCCAUAUUCACAUAGUGGUUGUUUGUAUUCUUAGUUUGGUUUGUUAUCUCUUCAAAGCAAAGGCUUUCUAUAAGUAUUUAAAUCGAAUCAUUAAUCACCGGGCGAAACAGGCAUGUCAUUUACUGCCCCCCUUAAGAGUUAACUCUGAAUAUCCGCGACAUCUUAUAUUAUGGAACCCGCCCGAUUUUAUGUUUGAUAAAUGGCAAAUUAGAUAUGGAUUAUGGACGUGUUUCAAAAUAAAAUCUAAAUUUCGCGGUUAAAUUAUAUUGUUAUUUCAGUUUAUAUGCAACAAUGUUUCAACUAACAUUGGUUGCCAAGUUAUAUGCAAAUAUUUAAUUUGAUUGAUUUGUCAUUUUAUAUGUCAGUUUGAAUUCUGCUGUAGCAAGACAAAGAAUAAUAGUGCCACUAAAAUGUCUUCAUUUCCAUCGGUUCACAUGAACCAUGCGCAACAUAUUGAAAGUUUUUCAAGUCGAUAUAGCUUAACCGUGACGCAUCUACCUAGGCAAUCUAUGAGCUUUAGGCGUGUAAUUAUGUCUUUGAAAGAAAGGACUGAAAUGAAUGAUUUAGUUUAUGAUGUGUGUAAAUAUUGUCUAAAACCUGAAAAAGAUGGACAUAGGCUCCACUUACAUCGUAUUAAAGGAGAAGAAUUAAUUUUAUCAUUUAUCAAACAUGCGAAACAAGAUGUAUUGAAUGAUAAAAUUGUAGUUCACAUUAUGUGGUGCAUGGUUUCUUGUCUACAUCAUUUUCAUAACAGACUAAUUGCCAAAAGAGGGAGUUUUCUGGCUAGAUUUAGACUUGCUCGGUACAGAAGUUGUUUAAAAACGUACAAAAAACUUUUAGAAUUCAUAACCGAAGAAUAUUACGAUCAUAUUAUGUCUGCAAUAAUAGUGAUAAUUAUUCAACUUUCUUUUUGGCAGUAUGAGGAAUUUUGUACCGAUAUUCUUUCAUACGCCGUUAAUGUAACAAAUAAGUAUGAACUAACUUUUAAUCUUAUAUUAGAUCCAUUUUUUUCAGAAACGGAAGAUGACUAUAGAAGUGUUAUUGUAUUAAGACGAGUCAUUCUAAAUUGUAAAUGGACUUCAAUUCCUAAAGAAAUAAUUUUGAAGUUUCUUGAGAUGAUUAAAUCGAAUAUUGUACUACCAGCUGUGAACAAAAUAUCAUUUGCAAUAGUACUCUUUCAAUGUCUAAAGCAAAUGAUUCCAAUUUUUGAUGUUGAUGAAGAGAAGUUUUUAAUUGAAACCGUCUUCGUUUGGGUUAAGGAAGAUCCUAAUCUUUACUUAACAGAGCUGAUCAAUUUAAUUGUACUUUGUAAAAAAAUGUGUGAAGAGGCAGGUUCCAAAUUAAUUCAUCUUGGAUUUAAUUUGUUAGAAAGAGCAAAUAUAAAUAAUGUUGGACUUAUACUUAGAACAAUGAUCAAAUUAGCCGACACUGGCGAAAAUAGUUCCAAAUUUGUAACUCCUAAGUUAUUUCACGAAAACGGAGUGUAUAAGAUCAAGAUUAGGAGUCUAGGAUCAGACAAAUCUUUUAUAAGUAAAAUGUUAAAAGAUAACUGUGAAUUAUUUCAGAAAUCUUUUUUGAAUUGUAUCAGAAAUUUUAAUGUUUCCAAAGAUGCUUUAGAAACGAUUUAUCGCUUUUUGUGCAUUUCUCUAUGCGAAGUUCCUACAGGCUUAUCAGCUACAGCAAUUGCAUCACUAGCAAUGGGUAUUCAAAAGUAUGCGCAGGUACAUAGUGGAUUGUUGUUAUUUGAAAGUUUAAAUCACAUGCAUGCCAUGGCUAUUAGUUUAGUUUCAUUGAUAUGUUAUAUUCAUAAGGCUUCAACAUUUUACAAAUAUGUAAAUCACUUAGUUUUGACUAGAGCAUCAAUAGCCCCACAUCUAAAUCCUCCACUGCGUGUUAUUUAUCAAUAUCCUGUGAAUCAUAUUUUGUAUACCACCCCAUGUAUCUUAAUGGACAAAUGGGAAAUUAAAUAUGGCCUUUGGAUUACAUUUAGAACAAAAUCUCGUAAAUUAUUUGUUAAUGAAUAUGAAAUUGUGUAAUUGUUGUUUAGUUUAAUAAAGUUUAGUUUGUUU